AGGUUAUGUUUGAAUGGUUAUGUCCGCUUAUGUCAAAAUAUGUUAGUAAAUAGAUGUUUUCUCUGUUAAUAAGUAAAAAACAGGUCUAAAACUCAAUAUUAAUCAUAAGUGGUGAUAAAUAAUUAUUAAACUGUCAACAUGCCGGCGAUAGAUCUUAUUACACCUACUGAAAAUAUCGAAAAUAAUGUGGAAGAAAGCAGUGCUCCGAUUAACCCUGUUAUUGGAAUUAUUUAUCCUCCACCUGAAGUAAGGAAUAUCGUUGACAAAACUGCCAGUUUUGUGGCAAGAAAUGGGCCAGAAUUUGAAGCUAGAAUUCGACAAAACGAACUUGGAAACCCUAAAUUUAAUUUUUUAAAUGCUGGAGACCCAUAUCAUGCUUACUAUCAACAAACUGUUAGUAAUUUUAAAGAAGGCAAAGCUCAAGAGCCUUCAGCUGCUCUUUCAGGAGCCAUAUCUAAGCUAUCAGUUUCAUCUGCAGCACAACAAAAACAGCAGGAAAUUUUGAAGUCAGUUGAACAACCUUUUGUCCCAAAGGAUCCACCUACUGACUUUGAGUUUGUUGCAGAUCCACCUUCUAUUUCAGCUUUAGAUUUAGAUAUUGUAAAAUUGACUGCUCAGUUUGUUGCUCGUAAUGGACGCCAAUUUCUGACACAGUUAAUGAAUAGAGAACAGCGAAACUUUCAGUUUGAUUUUCUGAGGCCACAACAUUCUUUGUUUCAAUAUUUUACAAAGCUAUUGGAACAGUACACAAAAGUGUUGAUUCCUCCAAAAGGUCUUCAAAAUCGUUUGCACAAUGAAGCAAAGAGUGCAAGAGCAGUACUAGAUAUGGUAAAAUAUCGUGCUGAAUGGCAUAAAUAUCAGGAAGCACAAAAGGCCAAAGAAGAAGAAAUCUUAGAACGGGAGAGGGUCGCGUAUGCACAAAUAGAUUGGCACGAUUUUGUCGUAGUAGAAACUGUGGAUUACCAACCUUUUGAAAUAGGAAAUUUUCCUCCACCAACCACUCCAGAAGAAGUAGGGGCCCGUCUUUUAAUCCAGGAAAGAAUUGAAGAGGGAGAAGAUAUAGAAAUGCAACUUGAAAGUGAUGAUGAAGAAGAGACUCCAGCAGCUAAUCCCAACGAAGGUUUAAGUCAGAUGGAGGACCGCACUCAAAAGAAGAGGGAUGACAAUAGAGUUCAAGAUAUGGAAGAAGAGAGUUCUGAAGACGAAGCCACUGAACAACCCCCUACAUCCCAACCGUCAAUACAGCCACCACUUCCUCCAGUUCCUGAUAAGGUUAUUGUUAAAAAAUAUAAUCCAAAAGAAGCUCCAAAAGUAUCUAGGCCUACGGUUGGUGACGAUUAUUUAAUUUCUCCCAUAACUGGUGAAAAGAUUCCUGCAAGUAAAGUGCAAGAGCACAUGCGCAUUGGCCUUCUUGAUCCUAGAUGGGUCGAACAGCGAGAUAAGCAAGUAUCAGAUAAGGUCAAUCAGGAUCAGGUCUUUGCUGCUGGCACUUCUAUCGAUGCAAGUUUGAAACAGUUGGCUGAGAGACGUACGGACAUUUUCGGCGUGGGAGACGAAGAAACGGCCAUUGGUAAAAAAAUAGGGGAAGAAGACACCAGAAAGGAUGAGAAGGUUACGUGGGAUGGACACACAUCGAGUGUAGAAGCUGCAACAAGAGCCGCUCGUGCAAAUAUUACGCUAGAAGACCAGAUUCAUCAAAUACACAAAGUCAAAGGGUUACUGCCAGAUGAAGAAAAAGAAAAAAUUGGACCUAAAAAUGUGUCAACAUCUAAAGCUGGUAUUUCGAAGGGCCAAUCUCAGUCUGUUAUUACUGCUAAACCCCAAUCAGCACCUACGCCUGUGAAGCCACCCACAUUACCACCUCAAUCGGUCGCGCCGCCCCAGCAGCCAUCAAUUAGUCUACCUCUACCUCCCCAACCCCCUAUGAUGGCUCCACAGCCUCCUAUAAUGAUGAUGCCUGCGCCUCCAAUGGCCCCUAUGAGACCGCCGCCGCUUAUGAUGGCUGCUCCACCUCCAAUGGGCGGUUUUGUUACCCCUAUGCCUCAUCAAAUGAAUCCUUCUAUGAGCAUGGGCAUGAAGCAUCCAAGUGAUGGUAUGAUGGAAGAGGAACCAGCGAAUAAAAAGGUUCGGAACGAGGAUUCUUUGGUGCCUGAAGAAGUGUUUCUUUCACGUAAUCCUAAUCCCGUUAACAUCAAGGUGACAAUUCCAGUGAUGCCUGAAAAGUCCGAAUGGAAAUUGGCAGGUCAAGUGCUGAGUUUCACUUUGGCCCUGUCGGAAAGUGUAGCUAAUUUGAAACAGAAAAUACAAGACGAUGUUGGUAUGCCUCCUGCUAAGCAAAAGUUGUUCUAUGACGGAAUGUUCUUCAAGGAUUCUAACACUUUGGGGUAUUACAAUUUGGUCACAGGAGCUUCUAUACAGUUGCAAGUUAAAGAAAGAGGAGGACGCAAGAAGUAGUACAUUAAAUAACUAACAAUAAUUAUUUUCAAUAUUAAUAACGUUUUGUGAGUGUACUUUUUUUUUCAAUAAAGAAUAGUAAAUAGA